CCAACGCCAUGAUUUUUAAAUUAAUUACAAUUGCAUUCGCUUUGUUGUUAGUUUGUUGUGUGGCAGAAGAUUUAUCAUCUUGUGAUGAUUCUUUAGAAUGCGUGGAAAAGCAGUUAAAGGUUACUGUCGACGAAUUAGAUACAGAUAGUAUUGGUGAUUGGAUAAGUGUAAAGAAAAUCGGAAGGACUAGCAGGAAAAUUGAAGGCGAUGAAGAUUUUAUUGAGAGAUGUGUGAGGUUUUUAAGGGAACAUGAAUUGAAGAUUCGAGUUCCAGAAAGUACGGAUAGGAGUUUGGAAACAGCAAUAUACGAUGAUACUUUAAAAAUUCAUUUUAUUGAUUCGACCACUAUCCGAGAUACAUCAAACAGAAUCCAAAAUGAUUUAAUUAAAUGUACUGCCGACGUUGUGGUAGAUCACAUUAAAAGUGAAAUUAAAAAAGCACCUUUCGUACCAAUUGCGCUUGAUGAAACCACAGAUGUAGCAAAAUUAAGUCAAUAA